AUGAUAAAAUGGGUGCUCAUCAUGUCUAUUACUCCAACAAUGUUGGUGGAAACUUUGACGAUCAAAAAGUGUAAUGAAUUGAAGCACAUAAUAGUUGACAUUGGAGAUGAUGACAGUGGUGGCAAUAAUUGGUGCAAGGUCUUCCCAAAAUUAAAAACUCUUUGCGUUGAAAGUUGCGAGAAAUUGGAAUACAUAUUUGGACACUACACUGAUGACCAUCACAACCACUCUAAGAUUCACCUUCAUCUUUCGGCAUUGCAAAGUCUCACUCUCAAUUACCUACCAAGUUUAGUUGCCAUAUGUCCCAAACAGUAUUGCACAACAUUUCCACCUUUUAAAAACCUUCGCCUCUCAGACUGCUCUGAGGUUGCAAUCGAAUCUAUUGGUGAAUUCAUUAUUAAUCAUUCAGAAUCAGAAUCUCUGUUAAAUACAAUCACCAAGGUGAGUGGGAGCAUUGAAAAUUUUGUUGCUUUAGAAAGUCUCUGGCUACAUAAGUCCAAAGCAGAAAAUAUACUGUGUCUCAAUGAAAUAGAAGGAGAACCAUUGAACUUAAGGUUGCGAUGGAUUUACUUAUACGAUCUGCAUUAUAUGAUGUACCUUUUUGUAGGUCCCAAAAAUUCUUUUGCCCUACAAAAACUUACAAGAAUAAUCAUCAAGCAAUGUGAAAUAUUGGAAGUAGUUUUCUCUACUUCUAUUUUAAGAUGCAUACCACAAUUGAGAGAUAUAAUUAUAUCAAAUUGCAAACAGUUGAAGCAUAUCAUUGAAGACGACAGGCAGAAUCAAAACCUGUCCUUAAGGACUUGUUUUCCAAAACUAAAAACACUUUCCGUAAUAAAGUGUCACAAAUUGAAAUAUGUCUUUCUGGCCUCCACAUGCAAAGAACUUCUGAGGUUAGAGAGUUUGAUGAUCAUGGAAUCAGAUGAGCUUGAAGAAAUAUUCAAAUGCGAAGGUGACCAGAAAGUCAAGAUCCCAAAUCUAAAUAUUCUAGUACUUGACCGCCUACCAAGCCUCUUCCACACCCAAGGAAUCCUAUUUCAGGCGGCAAAAAAUCGUUAUGUACAUAGUUGUCAAAAUCUCUCUUUGACUUCAGCCUCUACUCCUUUUCUCAUCUAUGACAUUGAUCGGCUUUACAUAGAUCUUUAUACAAGGUUUCUGCUUAAGAUUCUAUUUAAAAAAUUACAAAAAGAGUCGACAACUGAAGAUACUUGUAAUGAAAAUUCAAGUGGAGAAACCACAAAAGAUGAUGUUGCUAGUGUUGGGAUUGAAACUGAAGCAGUAUUAGGACAUGAAACGACAUAUUCACAGAAGUUGGAGAAAGAACAAUCAAUGAGUCAACAAGGUCCACUUGGAGAAAUCAAUACUACCAUCAAACCACCUCAGAGUGUUGAAGAAGAAACUGCAUUAACAGAUGCCAAGAUAUUAACAACCUCAACUCAUUUAGAGUUAAUCAGUUCAUCACAAGAACAAGAUUUUGCUGUUAGAGAUUCUCUAGAAACUGUUAAGCUUAAUGAUGAUCAAGAUAGAACCAAGGGUUACGAUACUGGUAAUGAAAAUUCAAGUGCAGAGACCACAAAAGCUUUUGUGGUUGGUGUUGGGAUUGAAGUUGAAGCAACAUUAGAGCACGGGUUGACUUCUUCACAGGAACAACAUGUUGAUGUUAGAGAUUCUCUAGAAACUACUAUGAUUAAUAAUGAUCGAGUUUCUCUAUAUGAAGAUGUUGUCAUGAAAGAAAGCCCAAUUGUUGAGGAACAAAUUUCUAGCAAUAUUGCAUUUCAGGCUCCUUCAAUGCAUUUUGAAGGGAACCCUUCUCAAAAAGUGCAAGAUUUAAGUUCUCCUUAUCUUGUCACGCGGAAGCUUGAGGAAUUGGUUUCCAAGAAGCAUUUGGAUUACGAGAACUUGUCUUUGUUGACUGAUUUUCUUGUUAAGCAUCCUUCAGUUCUUCUAAGUGACAAACAUAGUAACGGAUAUAAGGGCCAUGCAUACAAGUUCCUAAUUAAGCUAUUGAAAUUCCUCCAAACCCAUAGUGUGUUGGAUGUGUUAGGUUCUUGCCACUCUGAAUUUCUCGAGUUAUUACAUGAUGUGCGCGGUUUUACUUUUGACAAGGAUUGGUUGGAUGGUGUUGAAAAGCGCGCUUUGUUUCCUAAUUUGGAAUUCUCUCAAGAUGCAUUGCAAAAAUUAUUGGUUUCCAAGAAACAGAUUGUCGAGGAUGUUGAAGUCGUGCGUUUCAAGAUACACAUUUUAAGUCGAAAUAUGGAAGAACUUAAGCAACAAUUGUCCUCCUCCGAAGCUGAUUUGGAGAGUAUCAUUCAACAAGAGAAACAAAUUGUAGAAUCUAAGGCUGCUUUAACUGCUCCUCUUGGUUAUUAG